AGAACCCUGCAAUGGAAACACUGAACAAGGAGCAAUACCUCUCUGACAGACCCACCAUCAUCUCUGCUCCAGAGGCUCCUCCAAGUCCAAAUACCCCAUUGCAGAAUCCACUGGAAAAGAAACAUCAAUCUCUUGAGGAAGAAGAGGAAGAAAGGGAGACAAAGGUGGAUACUUUAUUGGAUCUAAAUAUAUCUGACAAUGAUUCUGCUCCUGGUUGCAGUCUUGAAAGACAAGAACUCAAUCUCAUCACUUGUUUGGAUGUUGAUUCAUCUAAUGCUAAUUCAUCAGAAAACCCUCUUGUUUCUGUUGAUGCAGAGCCACGAGUCUUCUCUUGCAACUACUGCCAUAGAAAAUUCUACAGUUCACAAGCUCUCGGGGGCCACCAAAAUGCUCACAAGAGAGAAAGGUCCAUAGCAAAAAGAGGGCACAGGUUUGGAACACAGAUAAUGGUUUCAGCAGCAGCUUUUGGGCUUCCUCUUCUGCAUAACCACCGCUAUGCAAGCAUGGCUUCUCUACCCCUUUAUGGUUCUUCAAGUAAUAACCCUCUUGGAAUUCAAGCACACUCCAUGAUCCACAAGCCUUCUCAUAUUUCCUCUAAUGGGUUAUUAGGAAGCUCUUAUGGACAUCAUCAUGGUUGGUCAAGACCCCUUAUUGAUCAACAACCAGCAAUAGCAAAGCUAGCUGUGGCAGAUUUUCACAGAACAACAUCAGUGUUAUCAUCACGAGGUAGUGUUGGUAGGUUUGAAGGGGUAAAUACUAUGAUGAAUUCUGCAGCCAAUAAAGAAAUCAGUGGAUAUUUGGUUAGUGGUGGAACUCGUUUGAAGACUAGUAAUCCAGAAGAAAUGAAGCACCUUGAUUUAUCCCUCAAGCUCUGAAAAUGGGCUUGGCUUUUAGUCUUUGCAUCAAUGGUUGGUACUUCUAGAUUAGUGUGUUAUGAUUUUGCUAAACUUUUUUUUUUUUUUUUUUUUUCCGGACA